AUGCCGCAGUUUGCUGAGCAAACAAAUAUGCCUUUGAAUAAAGUAAGAAGUGAAGAAAUGCAUUUAUUUGGCACAAAUCAUCCACUAAAAGGGCAAAGGGAUAAGAUCACGAAAAAAGGAACUCUGGAGCACUCAUUAAAUGGUGUAGAAUUCAUUCCUCUUGUCUGUGAUGCUGUUUCUAAAGAUAAAAACAAGAUUUUACAGGAAAUAGAAAAUGUGAAGACGAAAUUUUACCAAGAAGAUUUGCAACAUGAAAGCUCAGACGAACAGCCAUUGUGGUUACAAAAUUUUCACCUCCACCUCUCUGAUGGAAUGUAUGGAGCACAUUUUCACUUGUACAAAUAG